ACAUCUUAAGACUCCCUUCUUCGCGACGCCAUGCCGAUGGGACGCUCCCAAAGUAUGCCCAAAGUGGGUCCCCCGCAACCGGGGCGGCACAACCUGCAACGACCCGCUUCGGGUGGAGCGCUGGCAAAGGGCAAGAAAGUGGCCGCCUCCAACAGUUGCAGUGCGCUGCAUCGAAGCGAAUCCCUAGCGCAGAUGCCUGCGGCCGUUCGGCUAGAAUUCUUUCGCUACUCCACGCCAUUGAAAGGUCCUAUGGGGAGAAUCAAUGUUAAGCAAGUCACUAAGAAUUUUAAGUUCUACGGCUACGUGCCGGAGCUGGAACUGCGCAGCGUCAUGGCCGAACAGGUGAUGCAGAUUAAGAACUACGCAGUGGUGAAUUGCUACAACUGGAGCAUCCCAGCGUCCACCUUGAACUUCUACCACAUCCACGAGUGGGUGGUGCGUCCUGCCACCAGGGAGCUGAACAGCUCCAUGAUGGAACACUUGUCGCCCAAGAAACUGGUGCCCAACUGGUUUGUGAGCCACUAUUGGGGCGAGAAUUUGGAGAAGUUUUUGGAUGGCUUGAAGCAGCACCUGACGGUGCGGAACCUGAGCGGUCGCACGGGCUACUGGAUCGGUGCCUUCGCGUCGCGACACCAGGACUUUGCCACAGCGGAGCUGGGUGAGAUGAGCACCACACCCUUGGCCAAGGUGGCGGAGGCUGCGCACUUCCGCAUGCUGCUGAUCACCGACGCCUCUCCCGAGGUGGCGAUGCCUGCGGCCCUGUUCACGCGGACAUGGUGCACCUUUGAACUCGCCCUGUGUUUGGACUGCACCGCACUCUGCGUGGAUGUCUGUGCCGUGCGGAACAAGGAUGCGGAGGUUCUGACCUGUGGCCUUACUUCCCAAGAGAUUUGCUCCAGCAAGUAUUGUCCAGGUGUUGGAAUCCACCUGAAACAGCAGCGUGAGAGGAACUUCCCCCUGGAAGUCGCCAAGGCGGCGUUGGACUUCAGCAUCGAGAAGACCCACGCCUCAAGGGAGGAGGAACGUCAGCGCUUGUUGGGUUGCAUGGCUCUGCCUUUGGAGGGGGAGGAGCAGGUGGAGACCUACCAGCGGAUGACUAGGCGUUUGCGUAGCUUCCUCCUCUUGGCGUUCUGGCCACAUGUGCUGUGCCGUGCAGACUUGCAGGAUAAGGCGUACAUGUCGAUGCUGCUUGACAUGGCCAAAGGUAUCCAAGGUGAUUAUUGGCGAACCUCCUUGAGUUUGAUGCUGGCCGGCUGCGACUUGGCCAAGAAGGAGCUCUUAGACUUGGCCAUGCAGAGCUUGAUGUCCAACUUGGAAUGGCUGAAACUGGACCUGCAGUUUACCAACUUGGAGGACGCCAGCCUCUCAAGCUUGGCAAAGGCCCUGCCACCAAAGCUGAAGACUUUAGGGGUGGACCUGGCCGGCUGCAGCAUCAGUGACCGAGGUGUGUUCAGCUUCCUCAGCAAGUUGCCCAACACGGUGACCAAAGUCACCAUGAAGUUACAACAUACUAAGGUGACGCCAGGACUACUGGAGUUGAGCAAAGAUGGUCCCUGCGCCCUGCUGAAAUGGUCCAACCUGUCACAUUCCGAGCGGGUUCAAGCAUUGAAGGAGAAGAUGGAAAUCAUCGAGGGACGGAAGAAUCCAUUAGCUGCGCCAAAUCCGUCGCAAGUGAAUCGAAAGGUGGCCCUGGAGAAUCUGGCGAUUCUUCCCCCCAACGCCAUCGCAGAUCAAGUCCUGCAGCAGGUGAAAGCAGAUCUGGCGAACCUCAUGGGCGAAGGACACCCCUGAGAGCCCACAUGGUUUAGCCGCGACAUGCCGCUGCCAAGCAGCUGUGGCUGAAGCUAGGUGUGCCC